AUGGGGAAACCACCCAGAGUUUUCAGACGAGCGUCCGAGAUGCUGAGACCGCUCUUUCUGGUCGUUCUGCUGACGUUGCGGAGCGCCGCCGCGGCGGAAGCCUGCCGCGACAUUCAUCCGCACUGUUCGUUGUUUAAAGGCCUCGGCCUCUGCGCCAUCGCCUCCCAGGCCGCCAUCUACAAGUACAACUGCGCAGUGAGCUGCAGCUUCUGCGGCAAAUCUGCAGGACCUUGCCUCGACCGUCUUCAGAGCUGUGCUUCCUACAAAAGCCAAGGUUUCUGCACUACGGACGAGCCUCUGCGAGCCGAGUACGCCUGCCCAGUCACCUGCAACCUGUGUAAUUCACCUGUUUAG